GACUUUCACGCCGGCAGGUUGCCGACCCGUCCAUCGAUCACCGCGCGAAACGGCGAACUUCACCCCGUCGUCGGGCGAAUUGUUUAUCCUCUACGCAACGUCGCUCGGACGCGGAGGAUCGGCACGAGGUCGGCUGCACUCGGCGAGCGCCUAGCACGCGUAAACGGGCCGCCCCCGGAAGCGACAAUUGAGGAUGGUUCUCACCAAGGAGUAUCGCAUCAGCAUGCCGCUCUCCACGGAAGAGUACCGCAUCGGCCAGCUGUACAUGAUCGCCAGACACAGUCACGAACAGUCCGAUAAUGACGAGGGAGUGGAAGUCGUGGAGAACACCGUCUGCGAGGAUCCUGUUCACGGGACCGGCCAGUAUACCGAGAAAAGAAUCCAUUUGUCCAGCAAACUCCCUUACUGGAUCCAGUCGUUUCUACCACGAAUAUUUUACGUGACGGAAAAAGCUUGGAACUACUUUCCUUUCACUAUCACAGAAUACACCUGUUCCUUUAUACCAAAGUUCCACAUAGAGAUAAACACACGAUACGAGGACAACAAUGGCUCCACAGAAAAUUGCUUAGGACUGUCGCCCAUUGAAUUGAUCCAUCGGCAAGUCGAUUUUGUGGAUAUUGCAUAUGACGAAAUCUCUGCGAAACAUUACAAGGAGGAGGAAGACCCAAAGUACUUCCAAUCGAAAAGAACAGGCCGCGGUCCUCUGGUUGAAGGCUGGAGGGAAACGACGCAACCCAUAAUGUGCUCGUACAAAUUGGUUCACGCCUCGUUCGAAGUCUGGGGCAUGCAAACGCGAGUGGAAGAUUUCAUACAUAGAUGUAUAAGGGACAUUCUACUGCUGGGUCACAGACAGGCCUUCGCCUGGAUCGACGAGUGGUAUGACAUGACCCUGGAAGACGUGCGGCAAUAUGAGCAAAAGAUGCAAGCCGAAACGAAUGAAAAGGUCAGGCUGAAAAAUCAACUAGAUGAGAAACCGCCCGGCACCCCGUCCUCGUCUAUGCCAACCACGCCGAAAUCGCCCACACAGAGAUCGUGGUUUUCCUGGUCGUAGCUACAAUUAGUGCAAUCGAUUUCGGGCUCUGCGGCAGCGUUUUGUCUCUUAGGUUAAUAUCAUACGUAAAUAUACGAGGAAAAUGAAUGGCAUUCUCUAUUGCUCGUGCCCAUUCUUUACCCGUCUCAGAGAAUGCGCAAUCAAUCGUGACAUAUUAUUUAAAUAAAUUUUAUAUUAUUAGCUUAAACGGUGGUCUUAUUGCAGUAAGACUUUCAGUACAAUUCUCCUAAAAAUAUAAGAAAAGUAAUUUUAGAAAUAAAUAUAAGUAAAAAAAUUAGCUUUAAUUUUACGUAAAUUAAAAUUAAGUAAAGCUAAUAACAAUUUAUUAUUAUUAUUCUAGUUUAAGUCAACCUUUUUUUGUGAAAGAAAAAGCGAGGAGAAUUAAAAAAUAAUUAUCAAUAAUGACUUUAAUUUCGUAUAAAAGAAAACAUUAAUAUUGUUUUCAUUAAAGAAAUAUGUCUCUAAUUGAUUGCUGCAUUUUUUGGAAUGUCCUAUAUACAUAGGUGUAGUUCCAUACACGUUCCAUAUGUAGGCUUACCGUGAAACAAUUUUUACUUAUGUACUUUCUUAUUAUAGAGGAAUACACCUGAAACUGUCGUACUCUAAAUACGAUUAUACAGUUAAAUUUUAGGACUGCCUAAAGAAAGUUGGUCUAAGCUCUCUUUGUUCCACAAAAAUGGCAAUAGUUAAGUUUAAAUUAUGAAGUUCAACAGCACACUCUUGUCACACCUUAUACCUGUGAAUAAAUUUCAUCUAUGUUUUGUUCACGCAUUAGUAAUAAAUUAUUUUUACCAUGUAAAAUUCUGUAGCGUAACUUAUUUACAAUGUAUCGAACUUUUAUUUGUAUUUCGAUGUGUAGAGGCACUGGAAAAUGUAUGAAAAUAUAUGUGUUUGCAAAU